AUGUUGGCAGAACAAUCCUCCAUAGAGAACCCCCCACCCCUGGCCAGGCAAGAGACUGUCCAGGUGGUGAGCCGACUCUUGAAACAGGCCCCGCCCGGAGAGUUCAACGAGGCCUUCAGUGACUUGCGCCUGCUGGUGGACAAUGAUAGCAUGAUGAGUGAGGAGGUGCCCAGCUUCUAUGCCAUACACAACAAGGACCACUUCAUCCCUGUCAAAACAGAAGGGUGCGAGGUGCUGCUGACCCGCCACAACGAGCUGGAGGAGAACCGCUUUCUGGACCCUCAGAACCAAGUCUCCUUUAAGUAUGACCACCUGGAGAGGAAGCCAACCGAUUUCCAGGCUCACCCAGAGGAAGACAUGAAAGGCGAACAGUGGAGGAGAGAGCUUCAUGAGGCCCUGAAGGCCUAUGUCGGCAACCACUACUCCAAGGGGCUCUGCAGUGUCUUUGUUAAGGAUACGGCGGUCCGGAAGAUGUUUGUGGCUUGCAUCGAAAGCCACCGGCACAGGCCUUCGGCCUUCUGGAAUGGGCUGUGGAAGUCAGAAUGGACUUUUGCCUUAGCUCCUGCCUCCACUUCCACAGAGGUAACGGGGACCAUCACCGUUCAAGCACACUACUUUGAGGACGGCAACAUCCAUCUGACCGUCACCCAGGAUGUAGAGGAGACUCUUCUGGUCACAGACGAAGUCCAGACAGCCCGAGACUUUGUGAAGCUGGUAGAGAAGGCGGAGGAUAAAGUCCAAAGCGGGUUGAUGGAAGAGUAUAGCAAAAUGAAAGACACUUACCUGAAGUCUUUUCGGAGGCAGCUGCCUAUCACCCACACCCAUGUCGACUGGGACAAGAUUGUGACAGCAAAGAUAGUGGAGGCCCGCUCUAUCCAGUGA